GGCACCACCGAACCACAGACAGUUGAGCACUCGCAGCGCAUCGAGACGAUCGUGUGAGUUUUGAAAAGAUAUCGAAAUUACAAGUACAUUCAAGGAUUAAACGUGUAAAGAGUGCGAAUUAAGGAUGUCUGUGGAAACGAUGCAGGAGACGCUGCAACAGGCAGCGGGCAGCGGUGGUGGUUUCAUGUUGAGCCCCCUGCUCACAGGGCUCGUCGGCACCCUGCUGGUGAUGGCACUCUAUGAGUAUUGGCAUCGUAAUACACGGGAAUAUCGCAUGGUUCAGAAUAUACCAUCGCCACCCACAUUGCCAUUGAUUGGACAGGCUCAUUUGGCGGCGGGCUUAAGUAAUGCCGAGAUCUUGGCAGUUGGACUGGGUUAUCUCAAUAAAUAUGGUGAAACUAUGAAGGCAUGGCUGGGAAAUGUGCUCUUGGUCUUUCUUACCAAUCCCAAUGAUAUCGAGCUGAUCCUGAGUGGACAUCAGCAUCUGACCAAGGCGGAGGAAUAUAGAUAUUUUAAGCCCUGGUUCGGUGAUGGUCUGCUCAUCAGCAAUGGCCAUCAUUGGCGUCAUCAUCGCAAGAUGAUUGCACCCACCUUCCAUCAGAGCAUAUUGAAGAGUUUUGUGCCCACAUUUGUGGAUCACUCGAAGGCCGUUUCCGCUCGCAUGGGCAAGGAGGCCGGCAAAUCCUUUGAUGUGCAUGAUUACAUGUCACAAACGACCGUCGACAUACUGCUGUCCACGGCAAUGGGUGUGAAGAAGCUGCCCGAGGGCAACAAGAGCUUUGAAUAUGCCCAGGCUGUCGUCGACAUGUGCGACAUCAUUCACAAGCGUCAGGUGAAGCUAUUGUAUCGCCUGGACUCCAUUUACAAGUUCACCAAGUUGCGUGAGAAGGGUGAUCGCAUGAUGAACAUCAUUUUGGGCAUGACCAGCAAGGUGGUGAAGGAUCGCAAGGAUAACUUCCAGCCGGAUCAGCGUGCCAUCAUCGAGGAGCUGGAACAACCAACAGCUGGCAAGUCCACAGUUGGCUCCAAGAAGGAAGGACUACGCGAUGAUCUGGAUGAUAUUGAUGAGAAUGAUGUGGGCGCCAAGCGGCGUUUGGCCUUGUUGGAUGCCAUGGUGGAGAUGGCCAAGAAUCCGGAGAUCGAAUGGAAUGAAAAGGAUAUUAUGGAUGAGGUGAAUACCAUAAUGUUUGAGGGACAUGACACCACAUCGGCUGGCUCCAGUUUUGCCCUCUGCAUGCUGGGCAUUCACAAGGACAUACAGGAUCGUGUCUUUGCCGAACAGAAGGCCAUCUUUGGCGAUAACAUGCAGCGGGAUUGCACCUUUGCCGAUGCCAUGGAAAUGAAAUAUCUGGAGCGUGUGAUUCUCGAGACACUGCGCCUGUAUCCACCAGUACCAUUGAUUGCCCGUCGUCUCGAUCAUGAUGUGAAGCUGGCAAGUGGUCCUUAUACCGUUCCCAAGGGCACCACCGUUGUGGUCCUACAGUACUGUGUGCAUCGACGUGCCGACAUCUAUCCCAAUCCCACCAAAUUCGAUCCGGAUAACUUCCUGCCCGAACGCAUGGCAAAUAGGCAUUACUAUAGCUUCAUUCCAUUUAGUGCCGGACCCAGAAGUUGUGUGGGACGCAAAUAUGCCAUGUUGAAGCUCAAGGUACUGCUCUCCACCAUAGUGCGUAAUUAUAUUGUCCAUUCCAGCGAAACGGAGGCGGACUUUAAGCUCCAGGCGGACAUCAUUCUCAAGCUGGAGAACGGCUUCAAUAUUUCGCUGGAGCAACGCAAAUACGGAACAGUUGCGUAGAGCAAAAGUUCCCGAAAUCAACUACUAUAUCCUGUAUAUACGCUAUCUGAAUCUUGAACCGUAGCCUGAACCUUCACCGAAAGUCAAUCAAUCAAUCAAUUCAGCCAGAGAGUCAAACUUUGCAUCUUUUUUUUUAUGUUGUGUGAGUUAAGCGCAUCCGUAAAGAGGAAAAAAAAAAAAUAAUAAUUAAAUAAUAACCAGAGGAUCAAGUAGAGAAAGCAAAAAUCGUAGAGGAAGUUUCUGUUUUUUCACUGCUUUCGAUUUUUUUUUUUUGUUUUUUGGUAUAUGCGGUUGGUGUCCUUAUGUCUUACACAAAUGUAUAUCUAUACUUUAUUAUAAUCCCAGCAAACUAUUCUACACAUUUUUUUUUUUUUUUGUUAGCAUGUAGUGUGAUUUUUUUUCUUUUGUUUUUAGUAUUUAUUAAGUCACAUGGUUUAUAUGAAACCCAAAAAUAAUGAAAAAUAUAUAUUGAAUGCAAAGGCAGCCACAAGAGCUCCAAAAAUAUA